UCCUCGGCGGACUCGGCGCCUUGCGCGCGGUCUUCAUACACGCACGCUGUCGCGCGCACUUCCUCUUUGCCGCGUCCCGCCUGCGCGUGCUCACCCGCGCCCAGCACUGCUACGCCCGUUAGGAUUGGGUCACCCGCGCUUGCCCCGUACUCGUGCGCUGUCGCGCGCCUAUCGCCGCCGCUGCCCACAUCCCGUGCGUCCUCGCCACUCCCGCGAGUGCCGCGCACGUCUCUCAUGCCCGUGCCGCUCGCGCUGUCGUCCUGUGCCUCGCACGUCGCCUCCAGUGCCCCAUC